CAACAUUUUUCUUGCAAAUAAUUAUCUAAAAAUGGAAAUAUCAGACAUUCAACCAUUCCCUCCCCUUUCAAAAAUAACUAAGAAACACAAAUCUAACUUAAAAAAAAAAUACAGAAAGGGAGAGAAGAAGAAGAAGAAAGACGAAGAAACACAUUCCUCCUUGGCUCGUAUUAAUUGUCAUUAUUCCCGAUUAAUACAGCUUAAUUUCACCAGAAGGUGGAUUGUUGUUUAAUCGAGUGGAUGACGACGAGUCAAGGUGGUUUAUCAUCGAGGAGGAGCAUGUCAUUGCCGCAAUCUUCGUCGCUAUCCAGGAAAAAGGCCUCCGCCUCCGCCGCAUCGGAGAACGGUGGAGGAUUUGGGGAUUCGCCCUCUAAACGAAAAUCCUUGUCGGUCUCACGUUCUGUGGGACUUAUGGGAGAACGGACGGUGAAGAGAUUGCGGCUGUCAAAAGCCUUGACAGUACCUGAAAGUACAACUAUUAAGGAAGCUUGUCUUAGGAUGGCAGCACGUAGAGUUGAUGCAUUAUUGCUAACCGAUUCGAAUGCAUUAUUAUGCGGUAUCUUGACAGAUAAGGAUAUAGCUACAAGAGUUAUAGCUCGUGAGGUCAAUCUUGAGGGAACACCUGUUUCGAAAGUCAUGACAAAAAAUCCCGUGUUUGUUCUUUCAGACACUCUUGCUGUUGAAGCUUUGCAAAAAAUGGUUCAGGGAAAGUUUAGGCAUUUACCUGUUGUGGAAAAUGGUGAAGUGAUUGCACUACUAGAUAUAACUAAAUGUUUGUAUGAUGCUAUUGCUCGUAUGGAGAGGGCAGCUGAAAAAGGAAAGGCCAUUGCAGCUGCAGUCGAAGGUGUUGAGAAACAAUGGGGGACAACAGUCUCUGAGCCUAACAAAUUCAUUGAGACACUUCGAGAGAGAAUGUUCAGACCGUCAUUGUCGACUAUAAUUUCCGAGAAUCCAAAAGUUGUUACAAUUGAUCCUAGUGACACCGUGUUAGUUGCGGCAAAGAAAAUCCUUGAACUUCGAACAAGCUCUGCAGUUGUCACAGUAGAUAACAAACCUCGGGGAAUACUAACUUCAAAAGAUAUUCUAAUGAGAGUCAUAGCACACAAUCUUUCUCCAGAAUCAACUCCAGUGGAGAAGGUGAUGACUCCAAAUCCAGAAUGCGCGAUUAUUGAUUCACCUAUAGUUGAUGCUCUUCACACUAUGCACGAUGGGUCGUUUCUACACCUUCCAGUUGUUGAUCGAGAGGGAAUGAUCGUAACUGUCAUUGAUGUGCUUCACAUAACUCAUGCUGCUGUAGCAACGGUUGGUAAUGCUGUUGCAGCUAAUAGUGAAGCUACAAAUUCCAUGAUGCAAAAUUUUUGGGAUUCUGCUAUGGCUCUAAGUCCAGAAGAUGAGGAUGACACCCAGAGUGAGAAUUCAUUGAAGUUGGCUUCUGAGGGGGGAGAGACGGGUGUAUCUGUCCCGCCACCUUCUUCCAUUACAUCGAAUAUUUUCUCUUUCAAGAUUCAAGACAGAAAAGGAAGAAUGUAUAGGUUUAUAUGUGAUUCAGAGAAAAUGAGUGACCUUGUUAAAGAAAUCCUUCAAAAAGUAGGGGCUGAUAUCGACCGCAACAACAUUCCACUAAUUAUGUAUGAAGAUGAAGAUAAUGACAAGGUUCUAUUAGCUUCAGAUAGUGAUCUUCAAGCAGCCAUACACCAUGCAAGAGUAUCUGGCUGGAAGGGAUUAAGAUUGCAUUUAGACUACCUGGGAACAAGUCACCAUCCAAGACGAACAAAAUCAGGGGCUCUUGAAUUUGUUCAUGCAGAUGGAUCGAUUUCGGCCUAUAGUGUUGCUGCUGCUGGGGCCGCUGUUGUUGCGAGUUUAGGCAUGUACGCAUAUUUAAAACAAGUCAGAAAUUAAUUUAUUUUAGUGAUGAAAUUCAGGCAACAUUCAUAUUAUUCUUGGACCUGACUUAGUUUGAGACUCUAUAAAAGCUUAAGAGUCAGGUCUUGAUUGAUAGAAGUAUAUAAGAAUAAAUAUAAGAAAACCAAUAUCUUUUGUUUUAUUAUAUUAUUUUUAUUUUGUUUGUAUAUGUGUGUCUAAACAAUGAAUUUACAUGUUUGAUUGCUGAUUUAGGUAGAGAUAUGCUAUGUAGCCUUUUGUUUUUGGAAACCUAAAUCAAGUUUUGUGAUUUGGGU